AUGUUUGAAAUUUCAUUGUUUCUACGGAGGACAUUUAACAGAAGUGGAAAGCUAACGCCGAGACUUGUGUGUUCGCCAGCUGGUUACACGAGUAAUGAUGGAGUUCAAAAACAUAAGAAACCAAAACGAGCUUCAUUUCCAAAGGUAAUCAGAACAAGUAAAAAAGAAAGGUCUUCCUGUCAAUUCAUUCUGGACCAUUUUGACCUGCAGUACAGUGAGGAGCUUGGGGACCUGUGGACAACUGUGAGAUCUGUGCUACUUGACCCUCAGUCUUGGCAGUAUGGCGUAUUGCUCAAUCGCUUCACUGUAGUGACAGACAUCAAGCGUGUCCUCUUGUCACAAGGCUUUUCCACACUACUGCCUCAGAAAGAAGCCCUGACAUUGUCUGGUGUUUUGCGCACCGUCUUCAAUGCUGAAUGUCAAACGUCAGAAGAGCCUCUCCUCGAGCGUCUUGGUGAUAACUCCCUUUUCCUCCCUGACAAUAGCUCUGGAUCUCCCAUUCAGCAAGCUCAAUCAGAACCUUGCCUCGGUCCGCUUUCCUCGUCACUGCAGUGUUAUAUCCACCCAUAUCCACUGCGUUUUCCAUCACAGGCUCACAGGCCCGGGCAAUUAAAGCAGUACUACCUCCUCAACGCUGCCUCUGUGCUCCCAGUGCUCGCUUUGCAAGUCAGAGAUGGAGAGAAGGUUUUGGAUCUUUGCUCUGCUCCCGGGGGCAAAGCAUUUGCUAUAAUGCAGUGCGCUGCCCCAGCAUUCCUCUGCUGUAAUGAGCCCGAUGCUCACAGACGCGACAGGCUGGCUAAGACCUUGGAGUCUUUCCUGCCGCACUCGUUGAGCAGCAAAGUGGUUGUUACAGACCAAGAUGGCCGGUCCUUUGGGCAAAGUCAGCCAGGGAUUUAUGACAAAGUCCUGGUUGAUGCUCCAUGCUCCAAUGACAGGAGCUGGCUGUUCUCAUCUGCUGGCCAGCAGGUGGAACAGAGGUUAAAGGAGAGAGGCAAGCUGCCGCAGCUCCAGGUCCAACUUCUAAGGUCUGCACUGUCAGCAGUGCGUCCAGGGGGCACAGUGGUCUAUUCAACAUGCACCAUGUCCAGCUCGGAGAACUUUGCUGUGGUUGAGGCUGUGCUUAAAGAGUGUCCUGAAGCUGAACCCGAGGACCUCUGGGAGGAGAUUGCUCUUCCCUUAUCGAACUACUUCACAUUUAGCCCUGCUCACCAUGUUAGUGGACUGCUACCUAACACCCAAUCUUUGCAGCCACAGUGUGAUGGCAUGUCCUUAUAUGACAGUUCGCUGGGUAUUCUAGUUGUUCCCCAGCCUUAUAAAACCUGGGGGCCAAUGUUUUUAUCUAGGAUUAGAAAGAAGAACUAA